GCAUGCGCGCUGCAUCUUUGACUCCCUCUCCUCUUGUUGCCUUGGUAACGAAUAAAGGGGGGUCUCUGCCAGAAGGGAGAAGGGGAGAGGUGCCCGUACCUAUCACAUGACCAUUGUCUCGAUUAUUAUUGUGUAUCUCUGUGUUGGGCGUCAGUCGUCGUUCCUCCUGCAUCCCUGUCUAUCAGUGUUGCGCCGCGUUUUUCGCCAUAGAUCAUUGACAUGUCCGACAUCGUCCCCCCUGAGGUACGGCCAAAGCCGGUCGUACCGGCCAAGCCCCCCCACGUGGGGGCGCCGUCUCCCUCCAACCCCUUCCCCCCCCAGGGCCUGGGCGCGGGGACCGGCGGCUCCGGCCCCCCGCCCCCCAGCGCCAUCCCGGUCAUGAUCGGCAGCCACGGGGUCAGCCACGCGCCCAGCCACACCCACAGCCACGUGGGGGCCAACCAUGGGGUGGGGAACAGCGUCAGUGGUCACGGUGGUGUUGGGGCUCUGCCCCAGGGCGCCGGCCCCCAGGGGUCCGCCGGCGGCGGGACCCUGCUGGGCUACAUCGGCAUCGACACCAUCAUCGAGCAGAUGAGGAAGAAGACGAUGAAGACGGGCUUUGACUUCAACAUCAUGGUCGUAGGUCACAGCGGGCUGGGGAAGUCCACCCUGCUGAACACGCUCUUCAAGUCCCAGGUGAGCAGGCGCAGCGCCGGCUGGGCCCGCGACGAGAAGAUCCCCAAGACCGUGGAGAUCAAGGCCGUGUCCCACUUCAUCGAAGAGGGCGGGGUCAAGAUGAAGCUGACCGUUGUGGACACCCCUGGCUUCGGGGAUCAGAUCAACAACGACAACUGCUGGGAGCCAAUAGGAAAGUACAUUAACGAGCAGUACGAGAAGUUCCUGAAGGAGGAGGUGAACAUCACCAGGAAGAAGCGGAUCCCAGACACCCGGGUCCAUUGCUGCCUCUACUUCAUCUCCCCCACGGGGCACUCCCUGCGGCAGCUGGACCUUGAGUUCAUGAAGCACCUGAGCCACUCGGUGAACAUCAUCCCCAUCAUCGCCAAGGCUGACACCAUGACCGUUGAGGAGAGGCUGGACUUCAAGCAGAGGGUGAGGAAGGAGCUGGAGAUGGGGGGCGUGGAGUACUAUCCCCAGAAGGAAUUUGACGAGGACAUGGAAGACAAGAGUGACAACGACAAGAUACGGGAGGCGAUUCCCUUAGCGGUCGUGGGCAGCGAUAAGGAGUACCAGGUCAACGGGAAGCGGGUUCUGGGACGGAAGACCGCUUGGGGGGUGGUGGAAGUGGAAAACCCCAACCACUGUGAGUUCGCCCAGCUGAGAGAUUUCCUGAUCAGGUCUCACCUCCAGGACCUGAAGGAGGUCACACACAACAUCCACUACGAGGCCUACCGCGCCAAGAGGCUCCACGGCAACGGGGGGCUGCACCCCGUCGCCGCCAACGACACCCAGGAGAGCAACCUGUGAUCGGUGGCUCAGCCAAUCAGGGACGAGAGGGCGGGGAGACGGAGGGGAUCGGGAGGAGAGCAGUGCGACGACGGCUUCCUAUGUAUAGAUAUGUCCACGUAGACAACGCUGUAUAGAUGUAUCUAUCAGUGGGAGAUGUAGAUGCACGGUAUACAUCGUGACAUGACGUCAGCCCCGCCUCCUCCGCAAUCAUGAUGAGUGUGGGGCAUUACGUGUGGUAAUGCCCAUUUAUUUCAUGUCUGGUCCCCCCCCCCCCCCCCCCCCCCCUCGUUCUACGUGAUCCCCUUGCCCCAGGGCUCGGCAGAAGCCAUUCGCAGCGGGUUUGGAUGAGAGCGCACGCCCUCCCAGAACCCUUUAUAGUCAACACCGCCAUCCGUUACCUGUGCCAUGUCCUCUUCCUCCAUUCACUGCCAAGGCAGUCUAUGUUUAGAGUGUAGUACAAUUGCCAUUAUUAUUCAUAUUCGGUGAAUGCGUACAUGUGCCAUUAAGUCUGCUUUAGUGUUGUCGGGCAGACAUGUGUCUGAAUUCAGGCUAUUGUGAUCGUUUGUUCUGGUUACUAAUAAGAUACUCAGCGCACUUGUGAGUGUUCACAAGUGUGUCUUUCUCAGUUACUCACCUACUGACUGGUGGUGCAUUUAACCCCCGCAAAACUGAAAGGCAGUGGUAAAAAACAAUAUUUUUCUGUACAUUUUCAGGUACAUUUUUUAAAGUGGGUUAUAUGGACAUAAUGACGUCUUAAAAAAAAUAAUAUAUUUCUGUCCUUAGAUCACAACGUUGAUAAUAUGACAAUAUUUUGGUUUAUUUGCACGCAUUGAAAAUCGAAAAAGUAGAUCAGUAGUAGAAGUCAAUAUGAUGAGGUAUGAAUUCCUGAAUGAAUCAUGAAUUUUACUGUAAUGCAGGCCUUAUAUUCAUCUGUAUUCAUUACCCUAGCCAUUUUUCAAUGGAUUUUUUCUUACAUCAAAUCCAAUGAUCAUCUACAUCUCCAGAAAUAUUCAGGUUUGCCCCUCUGAACCAGAUAUAUGGUCCAAUAGUUUGUGCCAAUGCUAUUUCCACUUCAUUAUGUUGGCCACCAGAUGGCAGUAUUCUGUAAAAACGUCUGUGACAACCCGAA